AUGAGUCACGACAAGAAUCAAUCCCAGGCGGGGAUUCAGCAAGAGACGAUUCAGACGCCUCUCGAUAUGGACACUACCAAGAAUAAGGAUGUCUCCCACGUGGAGCGCAUUCUGUCCCCAGACGACGAUCUCAAGAAGGAUGCGAUGGAUCCGUCGCGAGUGGAUAAAGAGGUCCAAAUGUACUCCACCACGAGGGUUGUGGUCAGCGAGGAAGAUAACAAGCGGCUGAAGAAAUUGAUUGAUCGGCGUAUUCUGGUCAUUAUGAUCUGCACCUAUUUCCUUCAAGCUCUUGACAAGGGAACCAUGAGUUUUGCCUCCAUCAUGGGAAUCAAAACCGACGCGCAUCUCGAAGACGGCCAGAAGUAUUCAUGGCUCACCACCUGUAUUUACAUCGCGGUGCUGGUCGUCGAGUAUCCCACCAACUGGAUCAUUCAACGUGUACCCAUCGCCAAAUACCUCGGCUUUAACAUUUGCUGUUGGGGAACGGUACUUGCCCUACACUCCGUCUGCAAGAAUUUCACUGGCUUGGUCAUUUGUCGUACAUUGUUGGGUAUCUUCGAAGCUUGCUGUCAGCCCACCUUCGUUUUGUUGUCAUCCAUGUGGUAUAAGCGUGAGGAACAAGCCGCGACGGUCACCUAUUGGUAUAUGAUGAAUGGUGCUCAGCAGAUUGUUGGUGGACUUUUGGCAUACUGCUUCACCCUGAUUGGACACGACAAGGUUCUGAAAUCCUGGCAAGCGCUCUUUCUAUCCUACGGCUGUCUCUCCGUUUUGUGGGGUGUGUUCGUCAUGUGGUACAUGCCCGAUUCGCCCAUGCGAGCCAAAUGCUUUACCGAAGACGACAAGCACAUGAUGGUUGAGCGUCUGCGCUCCAACCAGACCGGUAUCCAGAACCGGCAAUUUCGAGCAUACCAAGUUUGGGAGGCCCUGCGCGAUCCGCAGACCUGGUGCUACUGCUCGAUUCAGGUUUUCACCACGCUACCCACCAGUGGUCUGGGUGCCUUUGCUGGAAUCAUUAUGAAAGGCUUCAACUUCACCACUUUGCAAAGCCAGCUGCUCGCCAUGGUACUAGGAUUCUAUAUCAUCAUCAUUCUACUGACCUCUGCCUGGCUCGUCAAGAAGUACAAUCAGAACUUGCUGGUCAUGCUAGGCUUCAUUGUCCCAUCCUACAUUGGCACCAUCGUUCUGAUGACCGUGAAAAAUACCACACUAGCCACCAAAGUUGGCCUGUUAAUUGCCUACUACAUCACACUGUCAUUCUGGUCUGCUCAGACUCUUUGUCUGUCGAUGGUCUCCCGUAAUAUCGCCGGCCAAACGAAGAAGGCCACCGUUGUCGCCAUGACCUUUAUCUCCUGGUCUGCCGGGAAUGCCAUCGGCCCUCAAGUCUUCUUGGAUUGGGAUGCACCACGGUAUCACAUCGCCUGGAGUGUUCAUCUGGCUUGCUACGCAUGCCUGACCGUGGCUGUGAUCUUCCUCCGCUUCUAUCUAAUGCGCCAGAACAAGCGUAAAGACGAAUUCCUUGCCGGGGCUGAAAUGAGCUCUGCGGAUCCCAAUCUUGACCACGCCUUCGAGGACAAGACUGAUCAGGAGAACCUGAACUUCCGUUAUGUGUACUAG